AUGGAUGCUCUCCUCUCCCUACCUUUCCUCUCUUUCCUGCUCAUCCCAACUAUGACAUCAUACUCCACCUCGCUCAAUCUGCUCUUCUUCUACCUCACCUGGUCCACUCUGGUGCUCUCGCAUCCUCCACUGCGUCUCGAGAUCGUCGCAACGCUCGCUGUCAGGAUCCUCUUCUACAUCGUUCCGAGCGCAUUCUUCCUCCUCUUCGACGCGCUACUUCCCGGCGCAGCCGAGGGUCGAAAAGCCAUGGGCUCCACAGGUUUGCCCCUCAAGAAUGCAAAGCGCGAAAGAUCUAUCAUGGUGGGCAAGAGGGUGCUAUGGUCGUUGGCGAACCUGUUCCAAGGUGUCUUGCUUCAGGCGGGUGUCGAGGUACUGCUGACGCGUUUUCUUGGGACAAAAAGCGCGCUGAAGGUUACCACAAGUCUACCAAUGCCGUGGGGCAUCUUUAUGGAUCUACUUAGGGGGUGGGUGUUCAGGGAGAUAUUUGGAUACGUGCUGCAUCGUUACGCGCUGCACGAUGCACGGUCACCAGUUACGCAGUACCACGAGGGUUGGUAUCAUUCAAUAGCAGCACCUUUCCCGAUGUCGGCCUCUUACGAUCAUCCGAUCGCUUACAUUUUCCGGAACUUUUUACCAACUUUCGGACCUGCGCUACUUUUCCGCUUUCAUCUAUUGACUUAUAUCAUAUUCUUGAGCCUAGUCAGCCUGGAAGAAACAUUCGUGAACUCCGGAUACUCGACCGUGCCUACAAAUUUUAUUCUUGGUGGGAUUGCGCGCAGAGCAGACGCGCAUGUGGUUAGUGGUGGGGAAGGAAACUUCGGGCCUUGGGGGAUCAUUGAUUGGGUCUGCGGGACGACGGUGGGAGAAGAUGUGAUUGAUGAUUUGAGGGCCGAAGCGGAGAAGCAUGAUAUGGAAGGAAAAGUGGACAUGGCUGUUGAGAAGGCAAAGAGGAAGGGUGGACAGCUGAAGGCUCGAACGAGGCGGAGAAGGGAGACUUAG